AUGGAGGGUGUCUCGAGCGAGGCGGCAAGUUUGGCGGGCCAUCUGCAACUCGGCAAUUUGAUUGUGGUCUACGACGACAAUCAUAUCUCAAUCGACGGUGACACCGCCGUUGCCUUCACGGAGAACGUUGGUCUGCGGUUCGAGGCCUACGGCUGGCAAGUCCUUCAUGUAGAAAACGGCGACCAUGAUCUCCAGGGUAUAUACAACGCCAUCGCCGAGGCAAGGAAAGAGAAGAACAAGCCUACUAUCAUCCGACUGCGUACUACCAUCGGAUAUGGCUCGAAACAGCAAGGGACCCACGGUGUCCAUGGCUCCCCCCUUAAGCCGGACGACAUCCAAGCUCUCAAGACUAAAUUUGGGCUCCCCGCUGAUCAGGCUUUCUACGUGCCUAAGGAGACAUAUGAUAUCUACCACACCAUCGCUAAACGUGGUGCGGUUUUAGAAGAGAAGUGGAAUACUCUGCUUGCCCGAUACGGUGAGAAGUACCCCAAGGAGCACGCCGAGCUUACCCGCCGGAUCGCUGGCAAGCUUCCUGAGGGAUGGGAGAAGUCAUUGCCGCUGUAUAAGCCCACCGACGCUGCUCAGGCCUCCCGGAAGUUGUCAGAGAUCGUUCUGUCGAAGAUAGUUCCCGUGCUGCCCGAGCUGAUGGGCGGUUCCGCCGAUUUGACUGGUAGUAACUUGACCAGGACGAAGACGAUGGUCGAUUUUCAGCCUCCAUCCACUGGUCUGGGCGACUACAAAGGCACAUACAUCCGAUUCGGUGUUCGUGAGCACGGUAUGGGAGCGAUCGGUAAUGGCUUGGCUGCGUACGGUGGUAUCAUUCCUUUCGUCGCUACCUUCCUCGUGAAACUUCGUGUCCUAUGCUGCUGGUGCAGUCAGGCUCUCUGCGUUGAGCAAACACCAGGUCAUCUGGCUACACACGACUCCAUUGGCCUGGGUGAGGAUGGUCCCACCCAUCAGCCUAUUGAGACCGCUAUUCACCUCCGCGCCAUCCCUAACCUUGCAUUCUGGCGUCCCGCCGACGGCAAUGAGACGUCCGCUGCGUAUUACUGGGCCAUUAACGCGAAGUCGACUCCGUCCGUCCUUUCGUUGUCCAGGCAGAAUCUUCCCAACCUUGAGGGGUCGACGAUCGAAAAGGCUUUGAAGGGCGGCUACGUUGUGCACGAGGUCGAAAAGGAAGACCUCACUAUUGUUGCUACUGGCAGCGAAGUCUCGAUCGCUGUCGAGGCUGCCGGCAAGCUCUUGCAAGACGGUGUCAAGACCCGCGUUGUCAGCUUGCCGUGCUGGCUUCAGUAUGGCGUCCCAGCUUGGGGUGCAUCCGCUCCAUACCAGAAGAUCUACGAGAAGUUGGGCAUCACUGGGACGAACAUCGCCGCCGUUGGCAAAAAGGUCGUCGACUUCUACAAGAAGAAGGGUGGCGAAGUCGUGUCUCCUCUCGUCAAAGCUAUCUAA